CACCGAUUGUGAGGUUUAAUUCCACCAAGAGAGCUUCUGAGUUGAAGUUCUUCUUGGAGGACCCUGAAAAUUUCGAGACACUUUCCAUCAUCUUUAACAGGUCUAGUAGAUUUGCCAGGCUCCAGGGUAUUCAGUGCGCGAUUGCUGGAAAGAAUGUGUAUAACAGAUUUACCUGUAGCACGGGUCUCAAACUUUAGAUUUGUCUCAAAAUUUUCUUAAUGGGUCUAUUCCUGCAUCAAUUCUUCAGUGGAAGAGACUUAGAGCCCUUGAUAAGGCAUCCUAAUGUUGUAACUUUGAAAGCUUACUACUGGUCUGUUGAUGAGAAGCUGCUCAUAUAUGAUUACAUUUCCAAUGGAAAUCUUUCCACUGCACUUCAUGGGAGGUCUGGAACAGAGUCAUUCACACCCCUAUCAUGGUCUGUUCGGCUAAAAAUCAUGAAAGGAAUUGCUAAAGGUUUGGUCUAUCUCCAUGAGUUCAGCCCCAAGAAAUAUUUUCAUGGUGAUUUGAAGCCUAAUAACAUUCUUCUUGGACAAAACAUGGAACCCCAAAUUUCUAAUUUUGGACUCGGUCGUCUUGCUAAUAUUGCUGGAGGUUCUCCCACCUUGCAAUCUAGUCGAAUGGCCACAGAUAAGUCAUAAGACAGGCCACAAAAGAGUGCACCUUCUGAUGCCACUAUUGUUGCUUGUUCUACUACCACUACUACUAACUUGGGAUCUUGUUAUAUUGCCCCGGAAGCACUGAAAGUGGUGAAACCAUCCCAGAAGUGGGAUGUUUAUUCGUAUGGUGUUAUCCUGCUAGAAAUGAUUACUGGCAGAUUGCCCAUAGUCCAAGUAGGUUCCUCUGAAAUGGAUUUGGUUCAUUGGAUUCAGCUCUGCAUUGAAGAGAAGAAGCCUCUCUCAGAUGUUUUAGACCCUUAUUUAG